GUUCUGUAGCUGCAUAGCUGGACAAAUAAAUAGAUGGACAAAUAGACAGGACAGCCUCCCUAACUGCUACGCACCAACUGCAGUGUGCAAAGAUGCCAUCAGUUGAAGGGAAGAGCGACAUGGAGCGCCUGGGUGUCUUUAAAGAGAUGAGCUACAUCUCUGUUGGAGACAAGUACAACCCAUCCACCAACCGUCCAUUCAAUGAAUCGGCCUAUCGCAGCCGGCAGAUGCAAGCUGGUGUCCCUAGAGAGCGAUGUGCUCUGCAGACUGGUUUUUUUGAGAAGUCCUAUAAACGGAUUUUUGAACGUGAAGCACUGAGUGACUCAUUGAGACUGACCCGACAGAACCACCUUCAGCAGGCCAAGAAGAACCUGGGCAAGGCCUUCCUGCCCUCUAAUGGUGUUAAGAAGCUCUGUGGUUCAGGUAGUUACUAUGGCACUCUAUCAGGACCAGUGGAAGCCAUGAGUCCUCUGUCAGUUGCCCAGAAAACUUAUCACUCACCUGGACGCAACCUCCUCACUUCACCUCCCAAGAAAGGCAGUGGUUACAGUUAUCCCAACGUGACGCUGUCCAAAAUCGAACUGUAUACCACAGACCCCUACGACAGAGUCAGAGAACUACUGAAGAAGGAGGCAGCAAUCCAUCGCUCCAAGAUAAGAGAUGGUCCCUUCAAGCUCAACCUUCACCCCAGAGAUUAUUUCCAAGGCAAUCCAUACUUCAAUGAGAGGCCACUCCCACCAACAACUGCACAUAAGCCCCUCCCACCUCCACAGAAGUUGUCUCCUGUUCCCUUCAAGCCCCCAUCCCCCAGCAAAAGGAUGGGAGGAAUGAAAGCAGGGACGUUUGACACUUAUCCCUCACAUUCUGCUGAUCCAUACAUCAUCCGCCGGUCCAAACCAACGAAUCAAGAGAGAAUCUUCCAUCCAGCUCCUGGUCCUAAGAGCACACCCAUCAAGAGUAUCAUCACCGCCUGUGUUAACAGGAGUGUGAACUCAGCAAACUACACCUCAACUCUUGCAGCUAUGAUGACGUUCUGACUACAUUACCUGUGCUGCACAAACACUAGUAGUGUAUUGUAUAAGUUAUUUUACAGUGUAUUUUACAUUUUGUGUAAAGACAUAAACCCAAUUUUGUGAUUGGGGGUUUAAUCUGUGAUCUUCUGCUGCUUUUGUUUCAUCAGUUCCUAUUUUCUUUAUACUUUUUAUGUCACA